UAAAUAACUUCUUAUGUAAUAAUCACAUUAAACCAGUAACAUAAAGCAGAAGCAGAUGCAAUCCAAUCGUGAAGAAGGAUGGUCUCACAAAAAUUAAGCAAAUAUACAAAUAAUAAGUACUAUGGCAUAAUAUAUAGCUCACGGUUAUACAAAGAAGCACACACUCACUAUAAUACAAAUAACGUACACCACAAUAACUUAAUAAUACUUAACAAACCUCAAACAUCUGAAUUAAUCAAAGAUUUGUUUCAUAAACAUAAGGUUGCUUACUAUAUCAAAGAUAAUAAACAAAGUCAUUGCUCCGACAUAAUACUUGUGGACUGUGUUGAAUUAGAUCCCAAUAAGAAUCUCCUUUUAAGCUUUCUCGAAAAACCUCCAUCCUGCACCUCAAGUAAAGAUGAAUGUCAUCAUUAGAAUCAUUUUGCAACCCCCGUUGUCGCAGAAGCUUCAAUAGCCACUAUGGAAGACUACCCUUAUUGAUACUAUGAAAAGUUAACAUUUGCAAUGAAUCAAGCUUCUCCAUGUAAGCCAAAGCUUCACACUUUUGAACUGAAAGCCCCUUUAAUGUAGGGGGACAACAGACCUUUUCCAAAAUUUUACAUUCAUGAAAUUGUAGGUUUUCAAUUUUAGCAGGGAGAUUAUCAACUGAUUUCAGGCUCCUAGCACGUCCUAUCCAGUGAGACUUUAUACGAGAGUACUUUAAACCUUCUAGUAGCUGUUUCAACAAUAGACAAUACCAGAUUGUAUGUUUCUAUAAACAUGUAAGCCUUGCAUUUUGCUCAACUUGAGUGCCAAAAGACCAUUCUUCCAACUCAGGAAAACUCCAGAUAAAAAGUUAUUAAACCAAUUUGGCGUAGAUUAAUGUUUAAUUUUGUCAAAUUAAUAUGGUCAAACCAAAUUGAACCUAAUUCAACUCCAAUUGAGUCAAAUUGAGUUGACUAGAAUGUUACCCAAACCAGCCUAAUUAGUGUUAGAAUAUGUACAAUUUAUUUUCUAAUGAAAUUGAAUAAGUUCCUAAAUCAAGAAAUGCAAUCAACGGCUCCAAUUUGGUCAACAGCCCAGUUCUGUCAGUCGCCAGGUGAUACAGUCGCAUGAGUUGGCAGGAUGCAGCGGGUAGUUGCUUGAUUAGUGUAUGGAAGAAGGCAGGGAUUGAGAGAUAUAUCGCUUCCAUCUCGUUCGGCCCGUCUCAUAAAAACCGAAGACUACAACCCUCACGCCGGAGCAUUCGAGACGGGGCUCUCUUUGGCUUCUUCAGUUCGCUGGUCCCAGUGCCAAAAAGAAAGACUCGGCCUCUUACCCUGUUUGCGCGACCUCAGCCAGGCAUAAGCUCACGAGCUCUUGUCUCUGCCGAUUUUUCCCUGCUCGGUCCAGCCAGAGAAGCUGAAGCUCCCUUCUCUUCGUCCCCUCGACGAUUGUAUCCGGACUUAUUUUUAGGUCCGGUGUCCGGCCCAUUCCAUCUCUACUGCAGCAAUCUCUCGAUCACCAGGCGAUAAAACAGCUCUUUUGGAGCAAAGGUUUGGCUGAAACAAGUUAAGGAGAAGGUUUACUGAUAUCAGUUGAGACGAUGGACUUAAAAGUGGAAAUGUAGUGAUCCAUGCUACUGCCAUAACACCAUCUCCUGUCCUCUUAUGGAAAUUGAAACUAAUACAUAAGGGAGAGUUAUGGGCGUUGUACCAAGUCAACAAAGAAGCUUGAAGAAAGUGAAGCUGAAGAAUCUGUAAGCGAGAGGGUUGCAGCACUUACUAGAGAGAUUGAAGAGAUGAAAAUGGUUCAAUCUAAAGAGAUUGAAGAAAUGAGGAAGGUUCAGAAUGAAAUGCAAGCAGAGUUGCAAUCCUACAGAGCUGGAAAAUAGAGGAAGAAGGACCAACAGGAGCAACCAUCUGCAGACAGUGAGGAUACAGAUGAUGAUUAGAUGUUUAUUAUGUUUGAUGAUUGUAUUAAUUAGAACUUGUGAACUUCUGAACUUGUGAUUGUAACAUUAUCAUGAACUUACUUGUGAGCUUGUCAUUGUAAUCUUAUGAUGAACUUUUUGUUGUAUUUAUAUUUCCUGGUUCUGAUGAAUAUAGCGGCGUGUUGCCCAACAUAUCUUGCUUUUUCUGCAGAUUUAGACUUUAGGGUGAACAUCCCUCAAAUAGAGGAGAUGCUGUCAAUUUUUUUUUGCAGGUGCUACAGGUUUCCGGCGGCUUCCCGGCGGUUUAGCCGUCGGAAACGACGAUACCGGACGGCUAAAUACAGGCCGUCGGUAAUGGAAUUAAAUCGCCGGUAAUGUACCGGCGGUUACCAACUUCCGCCGGCGGUUUUACGGUGAAUACCCGGCGGUUUACACCGUCGGUAAGACCGACGGCUCUAACCGUCGGCGGUCGCCGGUAAAUUACCGACGGUCACAAUACCGGCGGCUUAACCGCCGGCUAACCGCCGGGGGAAAAUCCGAUCGUUACCGGCGGUAUACGCCGCCGGAAAACCGCCGCAUACAUAAACUGCCGGUAAAAAACUGUCGGAAAGUUUUUCCUACGCCAUUUUUUCCGGCGGCGUAAAAACCGCCGGUAAGUUUAAAAACCGCCGGUAAAUCUAGAUUAACCGCCGGAAAUAACCGCCGGUUUUCAGCGUUUUUCCUGUAGUGAAGGCUGUGUUAUUUCUCUUUUAGUUAUAUUUCUUUCCAUUGGGAUAUGUGGGAGAGGAGCUCAUGAUAUUGCUUUAAUUAGCAUAUAGACAUAUCAAAUCUUGUUCUUUUUAUAUUAAAGAUAAUGAACAUCACCCCCAUUCUACUAAUCAAUUAGGCAAAGUGAAAUCCUAUUAUCAUUCAUGUUAUAUAUAUAUAUGUAAGAUAUUAAUCUUAAAGUAAAGUAAAUAUUAAGAUUUUGAACCUUUUAUAACCAAAAAAAUUGAUAUUCCUAUGGUGGGUGAGGUGACUACUUUGGCCGAGUCCUUUUGCUAGAAGCUGUAAAGUACCUAUGAAAAAUCUAUGUAGAAAAAUAUAAGCAUACAAUAUUAUAUAUUACUUGUUGUUAGGUAUGAUAGAAAAAAUAAUUCAAAAAUAAAAUAUGAAUAACACUUGAUAAAUCUUAAUUCGAAACAAAACAUAAGAGCAAAUAAACAAUUUAAAAAUAAAAUAAAAUAAACGAAUGUUGUUUGGCAAUAAUUAAAGCGGGAAAAAGACCUCCAACCUCUCUGAGAAUCCUAAAUCAGCUCUAAAGCUUGGAAAGAGAGCUAUGGCCACAAAGCUCAAGGAGCAUAUAUUCUGCCAGAUAAAAAAUCUUGACAUGCAACACAGUCACAAACCUCGUUGUCAGAAGUUGCUUUGAUUUUUUUUGGAUUUAUUUAUAAAUAUCCUCUGCUUUAUAAAAACUUUGAAAUUAAAUUUCUUCUUUCAUCUGGAUUACAACUGACAUAUUAUUAUAUCAUUUAUCUUUGAAAUAUCUAUCCUCUUAUGAAUUUAGCGUGUGAUACUUUGAUUAAUUUCUUGUAUCAGUAAUAUUAUAUCAUUUAUAGUUUGAAAAAAAUUUGGGAUCACAAUAUGCUGAUCACACCUUGCUCGAAACAAGGCUUGUAGAAUAGGAUGGACUCAUUUCUUGAACCUGGCUUGUAAAAUACGCUGGAUCCAGUUCUUGCUACUGGCUUGUAGAAGACGCUAGAGUAAUUCAUUGAUUCUUACUUGCAGAAUCCGGCAGAAACGAAUCUAAAAACUUGCGUUAUUAAAAGAAAUAGUUAUACGAUCAUGAUGUUGCAAGGAAGGUCCUUCUUUCAACUUUUUAAAAUUCGUUGGAAUACUUGCAUAGCUCAAAUUUCUUUCUAAUUCUUUGAUAAGAAAGGCACAACUACAUACUUGUUGUCCGCAGUUGCUUUGAUUCCCUGCUGAACUUGCUUAUAAAUAUUCUCUUGCUCUUCUCUCCAUCUCCAUCACUAGGUAACAUCCUGCGAACUGUUCUCGAUUCUUCUUCAAAAUGGCAAUGAUCUUGGACGCUUUUAUGAGCAAAUUCUCUGCUUUGCUCGCUGAUUUUGUAUAUGAAGAGGUGAUCAUGCAGCUGGGUGUGAAGGACGAGCUUCACAAGCUACGUCAACGGAUGAGGAGCAUCCAAUGCCUGCUGAAAGAUGCUGAAAAGAAAAAGUUUGAUGAGUCAACCAUCGAACUCUGGCUCUCUGAGCUUAAGGAUGUGAUGUAUGAUGUCGAGGAUAUAAUUGACCUCUGCAGAAUUGAGGGCGCUCAGCUGAUCACUGAUCAAAAUCCCAAAUCUAAAACUUCUUUGGUAUGUUGUGAUUUUUCAUCUGCCUUCUCCUGUUUCACUAGUGUUCCUUUGCGUCAUGAGAUUGGAAAUAGAAUUAAGGAUAUUAAUGCUAGACUCAACCAAAUAUAUGAAGAUAGAAAACAUUAUAAACUAGAGAAAUCCACAAUAUCAAAAACCCCACAAAUUAGUUUACUUGAUUCUCGCCAAACUUCUUCCAUGGUUGAUCCUUUUGUUGUCGGAAGAGAGGUCGAGGUUGCAGCAAAUAGUUUGGUUGAUCAUUUGCUUGGGGACAUGGUUGAUGAAAAAUGCCGCCUUUUUGCUAUUACCGGCAUGGGCGGGGUGGGGAAGACAACUCUGGCUCAAAAAAUUUUUAACCAUCCGAAAAUUCAAACCUAUUUCAAUGUAACGGUGUGGGUUUGUGUUUCACAGACUUAUUUAGAAACUGAGUUAUUGAAGCAAGUGAUAAGAGGGGCAAAGGGGAACUAUGGGGAUUCUAAUACUAAAGAAGAGUUGCAACGCAUUCUUAGAGAUUCUGUUACAUCAAUUCAGAGCCUUUUUCUUGUUUUAGAUGAUGUGUGGGAAUCUGACGUGUGGAUUAAUUUGUUUAGAGUUCCAUUCUACAACUCUAACAGGAGUGUCAGAGUCUUAAUCACCACUAGAGAUGAAAAUAUUGUGAACAAGAUGCAGGUAGCUUACAUUCAUUCUGUGACGUAUCUAUCUGAAGAGAGCAGUUGGGAUAUGCUUCGUAGGAGGCUUUUCUCAGAGGAACAAGAGGAGCUAGCAAAUGGCUUGAAGGAGAUAGGAUUAAUGAUAGUAAACAAAUGUAAAGGCCUUCCUCUUGCAAUCAAAGUCAUUGCUGGUGUUCUUUUGAGUAAACCGCGAAAUAAGAAAGCGUGGAAAAAUUUUCUCAACCUAAUGCAUGGUUCAUUUACAACCUUCCUGGGGAGCUUAGUGGUGCUUUGUACCUAAGUUUUGAAGAUCUACCUUCACAUCUGAAGCAAUGUUUUCUAUACUUCUCUUUAUAUCGUGAGGAUGCCCAAUUAGAUCCCCAUGAGUUUGCUCAGCUUUGGGUGGCUGAAGGAUUCAUAACAAAGC